GAUAGGAACUGGAGUUACUGUUAACGGUACAGGAAGAACACAUUCUCAGAGGAGAGCGGGUGGUGGGAAACUGAUUUUCAUAGAGUUUUCAGUUUCCUCUCAAAUGGGAGGAUGCAGCAGCGCCGCUGCUUAACUGAACGUCUCGACAGUUUGACGGGGCAGCCCUCAGCCUUCCGGAGCAGCAGUGGGACUGACCUGUCCAAUGAGGAAGGAACACCGAACCAGAUGGACUGGCCUUUGGGGAUGGAAAAACCCCAGUUUACGCUCAGUUCUUCUCUCAGCUAACUUUUGUGGAGCCCUGUUCCCAAAUUGGCCCGGGCCAGAGCACCGUGGAAGGGUAUUUGUUGUAAAUGGAAGGUUUCCAGGCCCUCCUGGAAAUCCUGAAGCGUGAGACCUGCGGUGAGCUCAGGAGUCUGCGUUUGUGGGUGACCGAGGGGGCCUCCCCUCCCUGCAGAGUCCACACUGUGGAGAGCAUCAGGAGGGGAAAGGCCUGCGUCUUGUGCUUGGCGAGCUCAUCAUCUAGUGAGGAAGGCAUGUGUGAAUCUCGGGAACAGGCAGCGCUGAGCCGUUGUGGACUAGCGGUGCAGGCAAGGGGUUGUUUCUGACCAAGGGCAGUGAGAAGGUUUCCCACAGAGACUGACGUCUGGAUUGAGCUUUGAAGAGGAAAGCCAGGACUGGAGCAGAUGAGGAGGGAGGCGUUUGACCAGAUAUACCAUCUGGCAUCUCCAGCCUCCCCUCCAAACUACAUGUAUAAUCCUAUCAAGACAUUAAAGACCAAUACGAUUGGGACAUUAAACAUGUUGGGGCUGGCAAAACGAGUCGGCGCCCGUCUGCUCCUGGCCUCCACAUCGGAGGUGUAUGGAGAUCCUGAAGUCCACCCUCAAAGUGAGGAUUACUGGGGCCACGUGAAUCCAAUAGGACCUCGGGCCUGCUAUGAUGAAGGCAAACGUGUCGCAGAGACCAUGUGCUAUGCCUACAUGAAGCAGGAAGGCGUGGAAGUACGAGUGGCCAGAAUCUUCAACACCUUUGGUCCGCGCAUGCACAUGAAUGAUGGGCGGGUGGUCAGCAACUUCAUCCUGCAGGCGCUCCAGGGGGAGCCGCUCACGGUAUACGGAUCCGGGUCUCAGACAAGGGCGUUCCAGUACGUCAGUGAUCUGGUGAAUGGCCUCGUGGCUCUCAUGAACAGCAACGUCAGCAGCCCAGUCAACCUGGGGAACCCAGAAGAACACACAAUCCUAGAAUUUGCUCAGUUAAUUAAAAACCUUGUUGGUAGCGGAAGUGAAAUUCAGUUUCUCUCCGAAGCCCAGGAUGACCCACAGAAAAGAAAACCAGACAUCAAAAAAGCGAAGCUGAUGCUGGGGUGGGAGCCCGUGGUCCCGCUAGAGGAAGGUUUAAACAAAGCAAUUCACUACUUCCGUAAAGAACUCGAGUACCAGGCAAAUAAUCAGUACAUCCCCAAACCAAAGCCUGCCAGAAUAAAGAAAGGACGGACUCGCCACAACUGAACUCCUCACUUUUAGGACACAAGACUACCAUUGUACACUUGAUGGGAUGUAUUUUUGGCUUUUUUUGUUGUUGUUUAAAGAAAGACUUUAACAGGUGUCAUGAACAACAAACUGGAAUUUCAUUCUGAAGCUUGCUUUAAUGAAAUGGAUGUGCCUAAAAGCUCCCCUCAAAAAACUGCAGAUUUUGCCUUGCACUUUUUGAAUCUCUCUUUUUAUGUAAAAUAGCGUAGAUGCAUCUCUGCAUAUUUUCAAGUUUUUUAUCUUGCUGUGAGAGCAUAUGUUGUGACUGUCGUUGACAGUUUUAUUUACUGGUUUCUUUGUGAAGCUGAAAAGGAACAUUAAACGGGACGAAAAAUGCCGAUUUUAUUUAUAAAAGUGGGUACUUAAUAAAUGAGUCGUUACACUAUGCAUAAAGAAAAAUCCUAGCAGUACUGUCAGGUGGGUGGUGCACCGGCAUUGACUUUAGGGCAGAUAAAAGAAUUCUGUGUGAGAGCUUUAUGUUUCUCUUUUCAUUCAGAGUUUUUCCAAGGUCUACUUUUGAGUUGCAAACUUAAGACUUUGAAAUAUUCCUGUUGGUCAUGAUCAAGGAUAUUUGAAAUCACUACUGUGUUUUGCUGCGUAUCUGGGGCGGGGGCGGGUUGAGGGGGACAAAGUUAACAUAUUCUUGGUUAACCAUGGGUAAAUAUGCUAUUUUAAUAAAAUAUGGAAACUUACCAGUCAUGGA